UAACCCAUUCGUCAGAAACCGAUUCAUCUUGUCACAUCGUUUUAAAGUUAUAUUUUUUGAUUUGCUAAAUUAUUUUUUGUUUAAUUUUUAUUUUUGUAGGUAUAUAUUUUAUUAAUACGUGUGUUAAAAACGUCCUACUCAGUGAUAGCCUAGACAACACACAACGGGGCCUCAGGCUUCGGCCUGUGACCACCUUUUAGGAAAAACAUACACAAAAAGAUCUCAAUACUUCCACAAAACUAUUUGUAACACCCUAAUUUUACCCAGUAAUUUUCUACUUCACCAUGUCUCAGUGGAACAAUACUUACACUUAUAACAACCAAUAUCAAGCCUCAAACAAUUGGAAUUCUGAUCCGAAUGGCCAGUAUGUUAAUCAAGCAUAUUACAACAGACAAAUAGAUCCCAGUGGAAACCAAUAUGUUAGUUUUAACGAAUUUAUAUCACAAAUGCAAGUGUCUGGAGUUCCUGCUGUUAAUACUGCCCAAUACAAUAAUGUACAAUAUCAGAAUUAUCCACCUAGCCAAUAUAGUAAUGUAAGUAAUUAUCAAAACAUGCCAGCUAAUCAAAAUGCCCAAGUGAAUUAUGGUUAUGGUGCUAAUUCCGCAAACUAUCCAAACAAUGUGGAAAAUUAUCAGACCAAUUCUCAAGCCCAAUACAACCCAGCUUUAGAGUCUCAAAGUUAUACAAGUGAUGUGGUAUCAAAAUCUAAAUUAACACCAACAGCCACAGAGUUUGUGCCUAAGAGCUCUCAAAAACCAACAAAUAAUCAGAAUGAACCAGCAAAUGAAAAACAAGAAGUAAAAAAUGGUGUAAAUGACGCAAGUAGCAUUCCAGCAAAACCAUCAGAUUCUAAGAAUUGGAGAGAAAGACCCCAUAGCUCUAGCCAAAGUUCCUCAUUUCAUAGCACUGUUGAUGGAUCUGAUAAUCCAGAUACCAGCUAUAGACAUGAACAAAACACUUACAAUAGACCCUCCAGCCAUCAUGAACCCAAUGGAGGGCCAUCUAACCGCUAUGAAAAUAAAAACCGUAAAUAUGACAGUAAUGGUAGCCAUAACUCUUAUUAUAACAAAUCUGAGUCUAGCAGCAAUUAUCCAGAAUCUUCUAGAAAUAAUGAAUCAAGUACAUAUAAGAGAAAUAAACAUGAAACAAAUAGUAAUAACGAUUCACAUAACCGCACUGAUAAUUAUAAAGAAGGGGGCCAAGGCAAAUCCACAUCGAAGGGAAGAAAUAAGGAAUUGGACCCUAGUCGUACAUUUUAUAAUAGUAAACAACCUAAGGAUAGUCAAGAUGUUAGGAAUGGUAGAGGUGAAGGUUCUGGAAGGCAAAGGCAUUGGGCAGGAUCCCAAAGAGUGAGAGCAGCAGAACGAAAUAGCAUUGAAGAUGAACAAUAUGCCAACUCAUACCUCAAUUAUAGGGAGGAAAGGUCCAGAAGAGAUAAUCACAUGCCCAGCCCAUCACGUAGUAAAAAAGUAUUGCAAAAUAAUAAUAAUAAUAAUGGAGGUAAUAAAGAAAUGACCCAGCGAGAACGCCUUGUAGAGCAAUUGGAUAAAGGAACAUUAGAGUGCUUGGUUUGCUGUGAGAGGGUGAAGCAAAUAGACCCAGUGUGGUACUGUAGCAACUGCUACCAUGUGCUACAUUUAAGAUGUAUUCGGAAGUGGGCUGUGAGCAGUAUGGUUGAGGGUAAAUGGCGUUGCCCAGCAUGUCAGAACACAAGCCAGGAUAUACCAACUGAGUACCGAUGCAUGUGUGGUGCGGUGCGUAAUCCAGACUAUCAGAGGGGAUCGAACGGUGCCCACACUUGCGGCAAGGCGUGCAAACGUCCCAGGAACUGUCCGCACCCUUGCACACUGCUUUGUCACCCUGGUCCUUGUCCACCUUGUCAGGCUACUGUUUCCAAAAAAUGUGGUUGUGGAGAGGAAACGCGCUCAGUGCUGUGUAGCAGCAAGUUGCCGCAGGAAUGUGGAAGACGUUGUAACCGAUUGCUGAACUGUGAAGUCCAUGCAUGCUCUAAGGAUUGUCACGAAGGACCGUGUGAGCCCUGCGCAGAAAUUGUUGAACAAAUCUGCCACUGCCCAGCCGCCAAGUCCCGCUCGGUCCCGUGCACGGCGGACACGGGCGGCGCGCACUGGUCGUGCGGCGCGGAGUGCGCGCGCGUGCUCGCGUGCGGCGCGCACGUGUGCCGCGACGCGUGCCAUCCGCCGCCGUGCGCCGCGUGCCCGCUGCGCCCGGACAACGUGCCCACGUGCCCGUGCGGCAACACUAGGUUAAAAGAUGGCCAGCGUAAAACAUGCACAGAUCCAAUACCGUUGUGUGGCAACAUUUGUAACAAACCAUUGCCCUGCGGACAUUUCUGCAAAGAGAAGUGUCAUGAAGACGCAUGCCGAGUGUGCCCAGACACGACAGUGUUGCAAUGCCGUUGCGGUCACUCCACGCGCGACGUGCCGUGCCUUGAGCUUCCUGAUAUGUACAAUAAUGUGUUAUGUCAAAGGAAAUGUAAUAAGAAACUGUCAUGCGGACGGCACCGCUGCCGCACCGCGUGCUGCGCGGCGCAGUCGCACCGCUGCGCCGUGGUGUGCGGGCGCACGCUGUCGUGCCAGCUGCACCGCUGCGAGGACUUCUGCCACACCGGCCACUGUGCGCCGUGCCCGAGGCUCGAUUUCGAAGAGCUCCGCUGCGAGUGCGGUCUCGAAGUCAUCCUGCCGCCGGUACGGUGCGGGGCGAAGCCCCCGCCGUGCAGCGCCCCGUGCCGGCGCAAGCGCGCAUGCGGUCACCCGCCCCACCACACGUGCCACUCGGGAGACUGCCCCCCCUGCGUGGUGCUCACCACCAAGAUGUGUCAUGGACGGCAUGAGGAGCGCAAAACAAUUCCGUGUUCACAAGAGGAGUUCUCGUGCGGGCUGCCGUGCGGCAAGCCCUUACCUUGCGGCAAACACACUUGCAUUAAGACAUGUCAUAAGGGACCCUGCGAUACUGAUAAGUGCAACCAGCCGUGCAACGAGAAGCGCGCGAGCUGCGGGCACCCGUGCGCGGCGCCGUGCCACGCGAGCAACGGCGGGCACUGCCCCAGCGGCGGGCCCUGCCGGCGGCCCGUGUGCGCCACCUGCCCGUGCGGCCGCCGCCGCGCCGAGCGCGCCUGCUGCGACAACGCGAGGGACUAUGCCAAAAUAUUAAACGCCCUUGCAGCAACGAAAAUUCAAGAAGGUGGUUCAGUCGACCUAUCGGAUGCGCAUCGCCCGAGUGCUAUGUUAAAAACGCUGGAGUGCGACGACGAGUGCCGGCAGGAGGCGCGCAGCCGGCAGCUGGCGCUGGCGCUGCAGAUCCGCAACCCGGACGUGUCCACCAAGCUGGCGCCGCGCUACAGCGACACGCUGCGCGCGCUCGCCGCGCGCGAGCCCGCCUUCGCGCACCACGUGCACGACAAGCUCACCGACCUCGUGCAGCUCGCUAAGAAGUCAAAACAAAAGACCAGAGCCCACUCGUUCCCAUCGAUGAACCGUCAGAAGCGUCAGUUCAUACACGAAAUGUGCGAGCACUUCGGCUGCGAGAGCGUGGCCUAUGACGCUGAGCCCAAUAGGAACGUCGUCGCUACCGCUGAUAAGGAAAAGUCGUGGCUGCCGGCGAUGAGCGUGCUGGAGGUGCUGGCGCGCGAGGCCGGCAAGCGGCGCGUGCCGGGGCCCGUGCUGCGCGCGCCGCCGCCGCACGCCGCCAGCGCGCCCGCCGCCGCGACCAGCGCAGCGCCCGCUGCUAGCAAAUCGUUCAGUGGAUGGGCGACUUUAACAUCGACGAACGCAUGGGCGAGCCGCAGCCAACCCUCGACGUCAACUAAACCUGAACAAAAAGAAGCGAAAAUCGAUUAUUUCGACAAUCCACCGGAAAACUAGGCUAGUAGUUCAAUAAAGACCGGGCGAGUGCUCGGACAAACGUAGCAAGAUAAAACGAAUGAAAAAUCGCUAAAGAAAAUCAAUAAAAACAUUGAAAAAUAUAAAAAACGUUAAAAAAGUUCGUAAUACGCGUUCUGUUUUUGUUUUUGGAAACAUUGUAUGCAUAUUUGUCUUUGGUUACGGUGAUUAUAUUAUUUAUUGAUUAAACUCUCAUUUCUAUUUUCUUAUUUUCUUUACUUUCAUAAUUAGUGUUUAAAUUCUUUUAGUUAAUUUUAUUUUUCAUUUCAUAUCCUUCGUUUCAACGAAUGUAAUAUAAAAAUAUUAUACAACAAAGCAACCAUUAAAUUGGUAUGUAAAGUAAACACUGAAUAAAAUAACUUAAGCUAGUGUCGAAAGGACAAAUACCAAUAAAGACAUUGUUCACUGCCAUUGACUGCAAUUUCAUAUUGACACGUAGUUGUUUAUUAUACUAGCUAAUAUAUUUAGAUAGGUAUGUUCCCUGAGCCAGCACAAAUUUUAUGACCGAUUCCUACCGGACGGAUAACUUAUCAUGUUUUAGGUAAGUGUAUCACUAAGCAUGGUGACUGCCAACAAUUCCACUGGUGGGUGGAGCAGUGGUGACUGGUGACCUUCCAAGUAUGUCAAAACAUGUAAUGUCACAUAAAUCACCCACUAUAUUGAAGAAAUAAAAAAUUCAGCCCGUCAAAAAUGACAGCAAUUAAAAGAAAAAAUACGUAUAUUUUUUGUUUCUUACCUGCGACCCCCUCAACUCACUGCAGAUCUGAAGCUGACGGUCCGCAUGCUUAAUGAAACACUUAUCUUCACCAAUUUACAAAGUAUCAGCCCAAAAGAAAUGGUUGACCAAAUUUGCCCCUGGCUAGUGGGCCAGUAUAGCACUUUAUAGUAAAAAUCUGUUUUAUUAUGUGGUCUGGUGCGUAUAAUAAAAUUCAUUAAAUACCGAAUCUCCGAUCCAAUGUAUUCAAAUAAUCAUUUUUAUAUUUAGUUUAGACGGCGAGUGUUAUUUUUACCCGACUGCGAAAGAAGGAGGAAGAUGUUUGCAAGUGUAGAUAUUUAUGUAUGUAUAUUUAUUUGGCGUCCUAGAGCCUAAAUGGCAUGUCGUAUUUUUAUGUGAGUGUUGUUGAAACACAAAGAAGAGACAGACAUACAGAGUUAAUUUUAAUAUUAAUAGGGAUAACAACCAUAGUGGCUGUAGUGUGAUUGAAAUACGGUAUGAAGUAAGUACGUAAAACAUCUAUUAAAAGAUAAUUCUAAAGUUCUUUUAUAAUAUCUUACUUAGCCACUAGCGUUGCUUUUUGCCCCAUCGUCUUUAUCUUUAUCUUUUUACUUAAACACACCUAUACCUACACCAACGUAGCUUACAUUACAUUUUAGUGUUUAAUUUCAUUCAUCAGUUGCACGACAAUAAGAGACACCAGACCACUGAAUAAAUAAAUACAGGUUGUCAAGUAAUAUAAGGCAUAUAACAUUUACUCCUUUUCUGUUAAGUUUUUGAAUUCUAUAUUAAUAUCGCUGUGAAUUAUGUAUUCGAAUAAAUUAAUACACGAUUUACAAGGGUAUAAUCAACACAUUAUUGUAGUCGGUAUCCUACAUAUUUUGUAUUAGAAUUUAAUUAUUGCACUCGUCUGUAUCUUUACUAUAGGAGUUUUCAGUGAUUUUAAUUAAAAAAUAUUCUUUACCUAAAACUACUUGAAAACCCAAUAAUAACAUAUUGUCUAAUUAUUUAAUACGGAAAACGACACAAAUCGAGAUAUUUUUCUCAUUUUUUUUAUCGACUUCUCAUAUCUUAUUACAUAUAUUAAGAUCGCUGAAAAUAUAAAGCGUCAAUUUUAUAAACAUAUACAUUUAAAUAUAAAAUUAUGCAUUACCACAUCAAUGAUACUAAAUUGGCUUUAAGCGACCGUUGGACUUUGCUUGUAGAAUAGUUAGGAAACUAGACAGCCAUUAUUAAAACAAUACUCUGUAAUCUGUAUUGUAAAACGUACCAACUAGUGAGAACCAAAUAAAUUUAAUUUCAAAAUAUUGUAUGCUUUUGCCAUAUCAACUCAGCAUGGUUUAUAUUAUGUAUAUUUUGGAAUUGAUAAUUAAUUAAUUGAAUUUCAAAGAUCGAUCGAAGAGAAGCAGUAAAAUCGCUUUGUCUUAAUUUGGCGCUUUUUUUGAAUGAUUCCUAGAUUCCUUAUGUUUUAUAAUUAUUGAAUCUGUGCUCAGUUUUUAUUGCUUUAUAAAGCCCAUGCUACACGUGCCUGUAGAUCGUUCUAAAUUUAAAUAUCUACCCUAUAGGCACACCAAAUUUCAUGAGAAUCGCUUGCGUUGCCAUUUCGAAAGAGUGCGGAAGGUAUGCUAAUAUAUUUUACAUAGAAAAUGAAGUAGUAAGUUAUACCAAUCUAUUUAGCCAAGAGCAAAACCCAAUUGCCUUAUAAUACUUUAUGUGCUGUAAUCAGCCUUAGACGUAAUAGUUGUUUUAUUCCAUAGUUUUUGUGCAGACACGGGAUGUCUAAUGAGAAAGAUAGUUAGAUACUCUAGAUUUUGCAGAGUAUUUCGAAAAAAAUAAAACACUAAUUUAACCUGUUAAACAUACUCAUAAAUAGUACGGGUAUUUACAAUUUGACUAAUUAUCUCCUUUGUUUGGAUUAAUGUUACGAACACAAUUCCAAGGAAAAUUACUGGAUAUCUAUUAAGUCAUUUGUAAACGCAUUAAUUUAUAGAAAACCUCAUGUCUCGUGUCUGGACUUGCAAAUGGGCAGGGGAAUAAUCUUAUGAUUUUACGAUACAUACUGAUAUUAUAAAUCUAUGUUAUGUAAAUUUCGCUGUUGUACAGUCGAACACAUUGUAUUAAAGUGUUACCUAUUCGUUUUGUA